AUGCAAAAGCUCGCCAACAUGCGUCACUGGCCCGAGAGGAUGAGCCCAAACUUCGGCAUGUCGUCGAGACCGAACAUGAACAUGACCGCCAUAAAUCCCCAUCAGAAAGCCGGAGCUCCGGGAGCUUCGUUAAGUCCCUCGCCUGCCGCCGAUACCACCAUCCACUUCGCCUUCAAUGUCCCGUUCGCGUCCGAUCUGGCCGGUCCCAAUACGGAGGAGAUUUUGCAUGCGACUGGCGAGGCUGUCUUCAGAUGGACGCAUCCAGGAGACGCUCCCGAUGACAUACCCGUCUACGAGCUGCCGGUUCAUGCUCAGAACUUGGCCAAUUUGCAAAACCUGUGCAGGGAGCUUACAAAAGGCCCUUUGCCAAUCGAGGCCCACGUUGUCUCGAGUGUGCCAAAGAACUGCAAGUCGCAAGUCACCACCGUGUGUCUUUCCGGUUCGCCGGAACUCGUCCACAAGAGUCGUGAAACUAUAUUGAGCGAUACUCCUUUAGCGCUGAGGUGCACGACCGUCGACGUAAACUACGGGUUAAUUGUCGACGCCCAAGCCGGCGCAUUACAGAAGAAUGUCACCAAUACUCUAGACGCUUUUGCCGAAUUUUGCGGGGUAGACAUUUUCAUCCUAGGUCCCAAGCUCACACCCACUGUCGACGGCCUCAAUGGUGACGUAGAAGUCAUUAGAGAUCAGAGAUGGAGGGUUGCCAUUUACGGAGACAGCGAAUCUACUGAGCAUGCUAAGACUCAGGUUCUCAUUUUCAUUGAUAAAUUGCUUAAACGCGAGUUCGACAUGAUGCGUUUUGAGACCACGUUGCACCCGAUCGUGUGUGGUCGUUCACGAAAGAACAUCAAGUUAAUCGAGUCGAUAACGAACACGGCCAUCUACUUUCCUCCGUUUGCUCAAUUGCACCGAUAUUGCCCGCCGAAUGCCAACCGCCGAAACCCGGAAGAGAUAUUUAUCACUGGCGAGAAUCCUCAAGGCAUAGAAUUAGCUAAGCGCAAGAUUCAUGAGUUGGUGAACAGGACAAAGCUCUUCAUCAAGGAUUCCGUAGUUUCAGCCCCGAAGAUAGAUAGUAUCUUGCUUGGGCGAAUGGACAAGGUCCGCAAGAUCAUGGAGACCAAUGGUACUUACAUCAUGUUCCCGCCAUUGGCCUCUCAACGUAACAUGAUCAGGGUCCAAGGUGUUGAAGGACUCCACAUUGAACGGACCAUGAAGGAAAUCAUGUCACUCGCUGGCCAAUUCUACUUUGCGUCAUGGUGGAUCCAGCAAACCGGUGUAUCUCAGCUGCCCGGUCCUCAGGAAAUUCGCAGCAUGCUCUGUGAUAUUUGUGCCAAUUCCGAUGCGGAUAUCUCCUUCGACAAGAUGACAUUUACAAUCAAUGGCUCUGAUGACGCCGUGAAGCAGGCUUUAGGUGUGCUUUCGCAGAUCAAGUUCGUGAACCAGACUCAGCAUCAGAUUCGAGUCAAGAUCGAACUCGCCAACGAACACAAGGAGUUUGUGUCGGGCAAGAAGAAUGGCAAGAUCAACAAGAUUAUGACGCAGAGCAACGUUCAGAUCAUUUUCGACAGCUUCAGAGAGUACAAUUUUGAUAUUGAUGUUAUUGCGCCUUCUUAUGACUCUAUGAAGCAGGGGAUGACACUGGUAGAGCAGGAAAUGCCUGCCUCCAUCUCUUUCCAUGUUCCUGACCAAUAUCACAAACGAAUUAUUGGCAUUGGUGGUCAGCACAUCCAGCGUAUCAUGAAGAAGCACUCUGUCUUUGUUAAAUUCUCGAACGCUAUGGAUCGUGGUAAGAAUCCUGCCACUAGGAAUACCGGGGCUCGAGGCUUAUUAACAGGUGCGUUAGGCGGCAUGGGUCGUGAAGAUGACGAUGUCAAGGUUGAUAACGUCAUCUGUCGAACUCCAGCUCGAAAUGCCCAGAACCUUGAGUUGGUCAAGACUGAGAUUCUGGACAUGGUGGAUAGGGCCCACUCUGAAUUUACUUCACAAAUCGUACAUGUUGAUCGCCUCUACCACAGACAGCUCAUAUCCCGUCUACAGGAGCUUGAGGAGCUUGAGAAGAAGUGGAACUGCAAGAUUGUUUUUCCCAGUACUGAGCAGGCCAGCGAUGAAGUGACCGUUACUGGCCCAGAGUGGCAGGUGCCCCUAUGCGCUGACGAGUUCUUGGGCAUGGUUCCUGAAACCCACGAAUUGGUCCUUACUCGCACACCAUCUCUGGUCAAAUUCCUCGAGUCCCCCGACUUCGUCAACGAGCUCGUCUCGAAGCUGAAGAACCAACAUGAAGUAACCCUCGAAGUGCACGAAAACGCCGAAGAGAAAACCGAUGACGGGGAACGAACCGUGACUCUAUUGUGGAGGCUGACUCGUAACAAUACUGGCGGCCUCCGCGACGCCAUCGACUUUCUCAUGGAGCAGUUUGCGGCCGCGAGCGUUGAUGCCACCAUUGUUAAGGGGGCGAUCCCCCGUCCCAAGUCGGACUCAUUCGAGGAUUCGCUGCAGUACUUCGAUUCAAAACUUCUCCAACAUGCUCCUACUCCUGUUGGAACGGAUUCGCCCACUAAGCCAGUCUUUGGCGAGGACAUGACCCAGCAGCGAACCACCACCAUUUUUGACAAGCUUCGAAAGCCGUCUCAGCUGUUGUCUUCUCUUGACCGCAGAAAGAACAGCUCCCACUCGAUGAACACAUUUUUCAAGGGUUCGAACAAUGUGUCCAAGUCGUCUCUUAUCUCGAUAGAUUCGACCCGCAGCUUUAACGCUGACCGAAACCCCUGGAACGAUAGCGGCGUCAAUCUUCCAGAUGAUGACAACCAUCCCUGGUCGACCCGUCAUUUUAGCAACGGGUUCGACAACAAACUAACGCCGAACACGAUCCCCCACGGCGGCGAAAUCACACCACGCCAUGGCGCGCGUGCGUCUGGUGAUAGUGGCCGGCCGUCAACUUCUCAUUCUACGAAUUCAGGAUACCCCGGUCCAAUUGGACCAUACCGUUAGAUUCCGUCUUUUAGAUGCUCUACGUGCAAGCAAUACCCCCCGGCUGGAUAUACCCUGGCGUAAAAAUACCCCGAUCCUAUGAUCAUGCAUCGGUCGGCUCUGCGUUUCAUAAUUCUUUUUUUACCUCUUUGCCUUGCUUUAUAGUUUCGUCUCUCAUCUCUCUAUUCCUUCUUAUGGUUUCAAAGUCUAUUGUUUGUCUGCUUUCUCUUUAUUUUCUAUUUUAUUCCGCCUUGCGACGCAGCCAGGCGAUGGCUGCAGAUGAUUCUAUUUGAUGCUUUAUAUCCACGAGUACAUCUGGACAUGAUACCACGAGCUGCGCAAGACGGAAUACGGCGUUGCAGAUUGGAGCGGGAGGACGCCGUCGGAUGAUACCACAGAAAAGCACACAGAAAAUUUGAUACACACUUUCGGGCAGAAAAAUACCAGAGUUGUUGCGCUUUUAUUUUUCGCUCGAUCGAGAGGCGUUGGUUUUAUAGGACUUGAUUUUGAUUUGGAGGCACUCCAUCGUAUACCCUACAUAUCCUUACCAUCCUUUCGGAAGCGAACGACACACGGGGCGAAUUC